AUGAGAGAUUACUCGGAACAGUCUGGUUCCACUGGGGCACCAGCGAUCCAUGCUGUGUUCCGAGAACCACUGCACAAGAUCCUAGAGAAGGUAAAGGGCGAACCAUUCUUUCAAUGGCCGAACAGGAUGGCAAGUGACCCCUCGAAACGUAAUCAGAAUUUAUAUUGCGCGUACCACCAAGAGCCAGGCCACACCACCGAUGAUUGCAGGAAUCUGAAAAACCACUUGGACCGGCUAGUCCAAGAGGGGAAGUUGAGACAUUUAUUGCAUCACCCUGUCGAAUGGCAGGAACAAUCAAACAUCGAAACCAGGCAAAGCGCAUUGAGGCUGCCCAUUGGCACAAUAAAUGUCAUCCUCGCUGCACUUGGAAGGACCAGAUCCAAUCCUCUCAGAGUAAUGUUAGUGGGCAGGCUCCCGUCUGAAGCCGAUGGCAAGGAAUCUAAAAGGGCUAGAGUGAGUCCCACACCCUUAAUCGGAUUCUCGGAUGAGGACAAACUGGGAACCCUUCAACCCCACGACGACGCCUUAGUCGUCACGCUCAGAAUUGGGGGUUAUGACGUCAAGAGGGUGCUAGUUGAUCAAGGCAGCGCCGUGGAAGUAAUGUAUCCCGACUUGUAUAAAGGACUGAACCUGAAGCCAGAGGACCUGUCGGUAUACGACUCCCUUUUGGUCAGUUUCGAAGGAAAAACGGUCACCCCGAAAGGCAUGAUUAGGCUGCCUGUACAAACAAACUCUAACGUGGUGGAAGUGAACUUCAUUAUGGUAGAUGCGUACUCCCCUUACACAGCUAUCGUGGCCCGACCAUGGCUUCAUGCACUAGGAGCUGUGCCAUCAACCCUACACCAAAAAGUAAAGUAUCCGUCAGGAGGUCAAGUCAAAGAAAUAAUAGGGAACCAGACGAUGGCCAGGCAAUGCAUGGUGUCCGCAAUCUCGCGACGACCAAAUAAUGAACCUUCCACCUCAGCCGAGAACAGUUUAUAG